CGUGCGGUGGCGCUGCGGGGCGCUGCGGGGCGGCCAUGCGCCGGGCCAUGGCGGUGUUCGUGACGCGGCGGAUCCCGGCCGAGGGAAUGCGGGUCCUCUCGGAGGCGGCGGGGUGCCGCUUGCAGCAGUGGGACUCGGAGGAGCCCGUCCCGCGGCGCGAGCUGCUGGCGGGGGUUGCGGGCAAGCAGGGGCUGCUGUGCCUCCUGUCCGACCGCAUCGACGCCGAGGUGCUGGACGCCGCCGGGCCGAGCCUGAAAGUCAUCAGCACCAUGUCCGUGGGGUUCGACCACCUCGCCCUGGACGAGAUCAAGAAGCGGGGGAUCCGGGUGGGUUACACCCCUGACGUCCUGACCGAUGCCACCGCUGAGCUCUCCGUGGCUCUGCUCCUCGCCACGUGCCGGCGGCUGCCCGAGGCUGUCGCAGAGGUGAAGACUGGUGGCUGGACAACCUGGAAGCCCUUGUGGAUGUGUGGCUAUGGACUGUCUGGAAGUACGGUGGGCAUCAUAGGUCUGGGAAGAAUAGGGCAGGCAGUUGCCCGCCGUCUGAAGCCAUUCGGGGUCAAGAACUUUUUGUACACUGGAAGUCAGCCGAAACCAGAGAAUGCUGCAGAGUUUCAAGCUGAGUUUGUCCCACUCACAAAGCUGGCCCAGGAGUCGGACUUCAUCGUCGUGACAUGUGCUUUGACUCCCAACACCCAGGGAAUGUGCGACAAGAAUUUCUUCAGCAGGAUGAAGAAGACCUCUGUGUUCAUCAACACGAGCAGAGGAGCUGUGGUGAACCAGGAAGAUUUGUAUGAUGCAUUAGUCAGUGGUCAAAUUGCAGCUGCAGGCCUGGAUGUCACAACGCCGGAGCCACUGCCCACUGACCACCCUCUGCUCAAACUCAGGAACUGUGUGAUCCUGCCACACAUCGGGAGUGCCACCUAUGCCACUCGGAGCACCAUGGCAGUGCUGGCUGCUGACAACCUGCUGGCUGGCCUGCGAGGCGAGCCCAUGCCCCACGAGCUGCUGCUGUGAGGGCUGGGCCUGCAUCGCCAUCGGGUCGCCAUGACUGGGGGGAGCAGGCAGGUGGGUCCUGUGCCCCUGCUCUGCAACUGAGGAGUCAACAGCAUCCACAGCAAGAGAGCUGCACUGUAGCUAUUAAAGAGAAGCGGUGACAGCGGUGUGUGGCUUUCUCUUGGGAAAGACAGGCCUCCAGGCAUUGGCGUCACGAGUGCUUGUACGUGGGGAAGGUGAAUGCUGGUGCUUCGGCUGAGCGUGAGAUGGCUCCUCAGCUCUGUACUGGAGCUCUCGGCUCUCAUCCAGAAUCACAGCAUCAUGGAAUUGUUGAGGUUGGAAAAGACCCUAAGAUCUCCAAGUCAAACCCAGCCCACCCUCACCGUGCCACUGACCGCGUCCCUCAGUGCCACAUCUGCACAUCUACACGUGUUUCUUGAACACAUCCCAGGGCAGUGACCCCACCACCUCCCUGGGCAGC